CCCUGCACCGCGACAAGGUGCGUACCAUUUGCAGGGGAAUUAGUGCAUAUGUAAGCAAACCAAUUAUAAGCGGUUGAAAGCGGUUGAAUCAACAAAGGCCAAAGGCGAGAACAACUGAAAAACGACGUGAGUAAUUUUGGUGGUUUUCUUUAAAGUUCUUUGUUUUAAUAAUCAACGAAGCGGCCCUCACUCAUUCGUCUAUAGAGACUUAUAAUUAUUAUCAACUCAAGUCGUGAAUUCGCAUUACCAUCGAGGUAGAUCAUUCAGUCUUUGUUUGCCAGCGAAAUAUUAUAGUUGAUGUUUCAGUUAAAUUGUGCAUUGUUCAAGAUAUAAAACAAAGUGUUCCGUACGCGAAAGCUGUUCAAAAUCUGAAAUCCUUAGUGCCUUAGCAACUGAUACCUGCCGCGUAGAGCAAAAUGAAAUUGUCAUCAAUGGCAAAAACUUUGCUGUCAAUAGCUUUUUUUACAAUCGUCAUUAAUUAUGUUUUGGGUAGCAGCUCUUCGUCUGGCGACAUAGACCUAAGUCAAAUAAAUGUUAACGACCUGAAGCAAAACUUACCUCCAGAGUUUGCCAAUACAAAUUUGACACUGGACGAUGUUAAGACUCUAGUCCGCAACAAAUGUAUUGAAGUAGCUGGCAAAGAAGAGGGCGAGGCGGCAUAUACUGAGAUUGAAAAUGCUGUACUAACGCUUCGCGAAUGUAAACAAAACAUACUUACCUUUACUCCACAGGAAUUUGAAGAAUUUUCAAAAGCAAGUUCGGAUGAUAGCUUGCUUGUUUUUUUUAAUAAAUAUUGCAACAAGCAGCCCGAGUUACUAACUUGCGUUAGUGAUUUCAACAAUAAAUUAGCGGCUUGUCUAGACAAAGAGGAGAAAGAACAUCUAAAUGUCUUCAAGCGCAUCAUUAAAAGUCUGCUCAGCCCCAUAUGCCACAAGAGUGGUGAACAAACUGCGCUGUUUAUAGCGGAAAAAGGACCAGAAUGUCUGUAUUCGAAGAAGGAUGAUAUUCAAAAUUGUAUUAAUAGUUAUAUCCCGAAAAAUGGAUUUGAUGAUUCUUUGCCAAAAUUCGAAAUGGGUAGAAAAAUGGAGGAGCUGGAGAAGUGCAUUGUGCAGAAGUUGGAGACCUGUAGUGAAAUCACACCGGCUAAUAUUAUGGAAUUAAUGUUUCGCCUUAUUAAAAACGAAACUAUUUAUCAUAAUGCACCCCUCUUAGUAACAAUAACAAGUGGUGUUGAUAGUAGUGCAAUAACUGGGGGCCUAAUAUGGCUGAUAGCUGCACAUUUAUUGUACCAAAUUAUAAAGUCUCGUGUGCAGACGUAGGUUGGUUCAUACACAUAUCGCAUGCACUAAUUCAAGCAAAUAGUAAUACGGUGUAUAAAAAUUCGGGUAUAUAUUAUAUGCACACCCCUUUAAGUGAAUCGUUUUCAGAAUUUUAUUUUUUAUUCUUUUUUUACACCAGCCGAUAUAGUAAUUGCAAGGGUAAUGCGGAUGUAUUUAGUGCACUAGUAAAAUGUUUGUAAAUGGGGUAUUUGAAAAUUUGCGCUACUUGAUGCAAGAAUUAAAUAUGCCGAAUGCAUAUAAAUAUAACUUCGUGUAAUAAUAAAAAUUGGAAUCUCAUGAGGCACAAAUACUCCCCAUUCUACUAUAAACAUAUUUAUUUAGGUUCUUAAUUAUUUAAGACUUAAAGUUUUUAUUUACGCUACAACUUAUAAAAUUAAUCUCAUUUUAUACAUUUAAAU